UGCAAGCCACAUGUUCUGGUGGCUUUCACUCACCCUUGAAGGCAAGGAGCUCUCCUCCUCCAAUAUAUAUAUCUAUUAUCUCUAGCCCAAGAUACUUGGCUUGCCAUUCUCAUAGUCAUAGCUUGCCAGUUUGUGAUGAGAAGAGAGAGCACUGUAUGUCAUCGGCCCUCCUGCCUGGGAUAGUGAUGAGUGCAAGGAAUCAUGCUUGUCAGGUUAGGCGUUGUCGUUGUAGCCUCCGUCACAGCUUUAACACUUAAGAGAGCCAACAGUGGUAGCAAAGAUGGCCAAUCAAGGAAAAGAAAGGAUAAAACUCGCUACACUGAACAUGGGGAGAAAGAGGAAGAGAAUGAAGAGGUUAAAGCAAUCAGCGGGAUAAUCAAUUCAGCUCAUUCAGAUGAUGAUGACAUGCUCUCCGAGAGCGAGAGCCUCCUGUCAAGAGAGAUCGACAUCCCCCAACCAAGCGACAGGUUUGAUGUCAAAGAACGCUCUCGAUACAACAAUGGUAACUCUGAGCUAGAAAGGCUUCAUGGACAUGUGCGUGAUCUGGAGGAGAGGGAGGUGAAGCCUGAAGGCGAGCUGUUGGAGUAUUAUGGCCUCAAGGAACAGGAGACAGACGUUGUUGAGUUACACAAGCAGCUCAAGAUGAAGACGGUGGAGAUAGACAUGCUCAGCGUCACCAUCAAGUUGCUGCAAGAGGAUAGGAAGAAGCUGAGGCAUGCAAACGAAGACCUCACAAAGCAAGUGGAAGGCCUACAAACGAACAGGUUCAGUGAAGUAGAAGAGUUGGUUUACCUGCGUUGGGUUAAUGCGUGUGUAAGAUAUGAGCUCCGCAACUACCAGACACCAUCAGACAAAAUUUCUGCUCGUGAUCUCAACAAGACCCUGAGCCCAAAAUCACGUGAGAGAGCCAAACUGCUAAUGCUGGAAUAUGCAGGAUCAGAACGAGGUCAAGGUGACACUGACUUAGAAAAAGCUUUUUCUGCACCUUCUUCACCAAGAAGAGAAGACUUGGACAAUGUUUCAGUUGACAGUUCUUCCAGCGGAUACAGCUUCUUUGGAAAAAGGCCCAAUCUGAUGCAAAAGCUCAAGAAGUGGGGAAGAGGGAAGGAUGACAGGAGCAGUUUAGCAUCAUCGACACAGUCCCUUACUAGUGAGUCCCCAAAGAGUAACAGCCAGAAACCAAAGGAAGCUCUCAUGCUCAUAAAUGCAGGAGAUGAUAUGGGCAUUACAACAUUUGGAAAGAGGGAACAAGAUCCAAGUGAUAUCAUGGGUGAGGCAAAUGUUGCAUCCUCAUUCCAGUUGAUGUCAAAGACUGUAACAGGUUUUGCUGAUGAGAAAUAUCCAGCUUAUAAAGAUAGGCACAAACUCGCCACAGAACGGGAGAAGACGAUAAAAGAGAAGGCCGAGAAAGCUAGAGUACAAAGAUAUGGUGGUGUUAGUACCUCAGGUCCAAAAGCUGCACUCCCUCCAAAACUUGCUCAAAUAAAGGAGAAGGCUCCUACAGCUAAUGCUGAAUCCAGUGGCCAAUCUAGUGAUAAUCAGAACAACCCUCUAGUGGUGACGCAACCGAAACUCGCAAACAUUGAGAAAAGAGCUCCAAGAGUUCCUCGGCCACCUCCUGCACCCUCAGCCACUGCCUCAGGAGCUGUCAACACCACAAGUGGUGUACCUCCACCACCAGGUGUACCUCCUCGGAACCUCGGUGGCCCACCUCCACCCCCUGGAUCGCUACCUAGAAACCUUGCUGGUGGUGACAAGGUACACCAUGCUCCAGAGGUUGUAGAGUUCUAUCAAAGUCUCAUGAAGCGUGAAGCCAUGAAGGACACAACUUCUCUGGGAUCAACGACAUCAAGUGUUUCUGAUGUGAGAAGCAACAUGGUCGGAGAGAUCGAGAACAGAUCAGCAUUCCUCUUAGCUGUCAAAGCUGAUGUGGAGACACAAGGAGAAUUUGUCGAGUCUCUAGCAAAUGAGGUCCGGGAAGCAAAGUUUGUAAAUAUCGACGACGUUGUUGCAUUUGUAAAUUGGCUCGAUGAAGAACUAUCCUUUUUGGUCGAUGAGCGGGCAGUACUAAAGCACUUCGAUUGGCCAGAGAACAAAGCUGAUGCACUAAGAGAAGCAGCCUUUGAGUAUCAAGACCUGCUAAAGUUAGAACACAAGGUUUCUUCAUUUACUGAUGAUCCAAAACUUCCAUGUGAAGAUGCUCUCAAGAAGAUGUAUUCCUUGCUUGAAAAAGUGGAGCAGAGUGUGUAUGCACUACUUCGCACUAGAGACAUGGCCACAUCACGAUACAGGGAGUAUGGAAUACCAGUGGAUUGGUUGUCUGAUUCUGGAGUAGUUGGCAAGAUCAAAUUGGAAUCUGUUCAGCUGGCAAAAAAGUAUAUGAAGAGGGUUGCCACAGAGCUUGAUGCGUUGCUAGGUACUGAGAAAGAGCCCAACAGAGAGUUCUUGCUUCUUCAGGGUAUCAGAUUUGCUUUCCGAGUUCAUCAGUUUGCUGGAGGCUUCGACGAGGAAAGCAUGAAGACAUUUGAAGAGUUAAGAAGCAAGAUGUCCACACAGACAUCUGCUCCACAAAUUUCCAAUGCAUAGCUCUAACCAUGUUGCUUUAUAAAAAGCUGGGCUUUUAAGCCUUUUCUCUAAAAAAAAAACCAUGUCGCUUUCCGAACUUCACUGGUUUCUUUGUUGAAAGGCAAGAUUAAUCAAUUGAAUAGCUAAAGAGUACUCUAUCCGUUUCACGGCGUAAGACUUUACAUAUAGCCUAGAUUUAUAUGUAUGCUAAUAUAUCUAGACAAAUAUAAAUCAUAUACACUAUAUCUAGACAAGAUUAAAAAAUCUUAUAUGAGAAGGAGAGACUAGAAAUACAAAUGUAAAUUCCAAUAUUCAGUACCUAAAGGAUGACAAGUCUACAGGUUCAACUAUAUUAGUCAAAGUGUAUUUCUUUGUAUUUAAAGGUUGCAGGCUCA